AACGAAGAGUGCCAGGCUAGAAAUAAAAAACAGAAAAAAUCAAAAACGAAUUACGAACGACGCCAUUGUUGUUUUGUUCGUUUGCUAUACAAUCGAGUUAUCAAUUUUUUAUCGUUUAAGUGUUUAAAACAUUGCGUUUAAAACGUUGAAUUGAAUCAUCGGAGGUUAAUAAAUCAUGUUUUGAUUAUAUUUUUGUUUGAAACUGAAGCUGUAAAAACGGCAUGUCCGGGGGCCAUCUGGCCGUGCUGGACCGCGCGGGGCGUGAGGUGAAGCAGUACGCGCUGCCCACCGGCCUGGCGACUCUUGGCAGCAGCUCUUCAUGCGAUAUACGCUUCAUGCUGCCCACAGUGGAGCCGCACCACGCCACUGUUGUUGUGCAUGAUAAGCAGACGGUGGUGCACAACGUGGGCGGCGGGGAGACGCUGGUGAACGGCGUGGCGGUGAGCGUGGCCCCGCUGGCGCACGGCGACGUGCUGGCUGUGGGCGGCCGCGAGCUGCGCUGGCGGUACGAGCGCCCGCACACAACUAGACGCACUACACUCACACCAGUAGUGACGCGCAUGAGCGGAGUGCGGGCGCGUGCGGCGGCGCGGCGCUCGCUGGCCCCGACCCCGCCCGCACAUGCGCCGCGCUCCCCGCACAGGCACUCCACACCAGCGAGCGAGCGCCAGGUGGCGGUGGUGCAGCCGCAGCGCCGCGACGCCGCCGACAACAUCGUGGUUUCCGUCGUCACCAACGUCAGACGUCGCGGCACGAUAAAGAGCGACCGGGACACGAGCUCGUCCAACAUAUCAGAAGAAACGAAAAGUAGAUCCAAAGCGCCGAGAACUCCACAAAUGAAUCUACAGAACACGACGAAGGCAUCGAUGUGGAUCGAGUCGAGGAAGUCUAGUCCCAGGAAACAUGCGAGAGAGAGCCCGGCGCCGGCGCAGCGCAGACCGCGCUCAGCCAAGAAGAGCACGCCGCUGCGCCUGGCCGUGCUGCGCCGCGCACAGAGCGCACACAGCGCACACAGCGCACGUCGCGUCACCAAGAUACAAGCCCCUCUCACUGUAGAUCACACAAAACAAGCGGCCAUAAUGCUGAUGACGGGACAUACGCCCAAAAAGCGGGUCAACCCCAAGGCGAGCACCACGAGAACGCCGAGCGUGCUAGUGAAGAGACCCGGGGCGACCCCGGCGCGCCGCCCCGCGCGCAGCCCCCAGCUCGCCGGCACCAACACCUCCGCCCAAGUGAUACGUACAUCUGACGUAAAGAACGCGACGCCACAGAUAGUUGUGACCGAAAGCGAUAUUUCUACGUACUCGGUGCCGGACACCUCGCUACGUUCUCCGCCGCUGCCGAAUCCAAAAAAAUCAGCUCUCAAGAAUUCCUCCGUCAACAGGAGUUCAAGAAAAGUUGAAUCCAUUAAAUUUGAUCUAAGCAACCUCGAGGACGAGGCCUCCGACUCCAUGGACAUGUCGACCGCGAGCGAGGCCGGCGAGUGCGGCGCAGACCUCCUCGCCCUGCGCUACUCCGACAGCUCCCCGGACUCUCCCUCCCCUUCCCCCUCCCCCCGCCGCCACCAGCACUCGCGCAGCGGCAGGAUACUGGAGAACACCCUCGGCACCACCUUCACCCGCCAGGCGUCGCAUGGAGCCUCCUCUCCGCCGCCGCAGCCGCCGCAGCCCUCGCCCAACCGCAGCAAGUCCACGCGGGGCGGCUUGAUGGUCCACAAAGUUUUGCAAACGCCGGAUAAAUCGUGCUCCUAUCGAACCACGGGCUCCUCCCUGGCCGACCUCAGCUGGGACACCACCGCGCCCUCGAGCCGCAACACGAGAACUAUCAGUCCGCGUAAUUCCUCUAAGGUGGAUAACAAAAUGGAAUCCUACUCGGUGAUAGAUUUAGUAUCGAUGGACUCGAGUGAUCCUCGCUCCGUGUACAGCUCCGCGUCCGACGCGACCACCUCCAAGUUGACGACGCCGCAGAGGAGCGCGCGAAGCAGCUUGCGGUCGCCGGUCGCGCCGCGCCUGCUGGCCGCCAGCACGCCGGCCGCACCGCCCGCGCCGCGCCCUCAGUGCCCCCGCAGCGCCGCCGUCUCGCGCACCUCCCGCACCUCCCGCACCUCCCGCAACUCCUCCUGUCUCAUCAUAUCCAGACGGUCCAAGUCCGCGGCCGACUUCCCUCUUGACAUCCCGCACGAUGCUACAUAUGAUAUCAGCGGGCGAGGGCGGACUCGAACUCCGCUAGAUAUAGAGAACAUUCCAGAUAUUACGCUUAAUAGUACUAGAAAUACGCGCCACAUGAAUACCUCGCCCGGUCACGGAACUGAGAGCGUCACUCGUGACAAGGACACGACGAAAUUCUCUUCGCCAAAUAAUACGGGAGACACUUACAAUAUUUCCGGUAAAUCGAGAAGGUCAAAGUCUUUUUCGACAUUAAAGAACUCCUCAGGAAAUGUUACAUCGAACGUCACGAGGGAUUCUACAAUAUCGAAGUCGAGUCGCAGUCGCGGUGACGACGACGACUCGUCUCCUGUCAGUGUUGCGAGUUCAUCUCAUCGGCCCUCGAGGUCCUCGAAUCAGGCGGGGGCGCCAACCUCGCCGCCCAACGGGAUGUCCACCCCUGAAAACCACAACAGCCCCGAAGAAGUCUCCACUCCGGUGCUGAACAUACAGAGCUUAUUAAAUUCCAGUAGGAACGUACCGAGAUCGCGACCCGCGGUCAGGAAAACUAUAGGCGGUCGAGUGUCUGCUCUCCGCAAGCGAACUGGCCUCAACUCCAAAUCGUUUACAUUCGGCACGAAGUCCGCCUCGCGAUCUAGAAACGAUCUUCAGGACGACGGGGACAUGACACCAAAGAAAACGGUUAAACUCGUCUACGAGGCCGUGAAAAACAAACAUUCGACCGCCAAGAGGCCGAAAUCGAUAAGGUCCGUCAUAGACGACCUGAACGAUUCCGAUAUCGUUAAACAACUUUUCAAUAGUCCGGUGAAGAGAAAGCUCUCCCAGAGUAUGAUCGAAUUUUCUAAGAAACAACUGAUGGGCGACGAAACCACUCCGCCGAAAAAGGCGACACGAAACACGAUCGCUAUGACCGGCAUCACGAGUCACGAUUCGUCGAUGGAGCGAACGCCGGCCAUCACCCCGGAAGUGUUCGUGAGCCCUCUGACCACCACCGGCGGCGACCGGCGCAACGUCAGCUUGAAGUUGCGGCGAUGGAGGCAGGGGACGGCCGACGCGAGCGCCAGAACGACGCUCAGGAAAUCCGUUAAAAACGAUUUGACCAAGGUUUCCGGAAUUAAAUCUCUCUUUGCGAGGACGCCGAGAAAUCGUUUGUCUGACGUCAGAAUUAAAGAAUUGUUCGCGGCCUCGCCCGAAAACGAUCUGAGAAGGGUUCCGAAACUCAGGUUACUUUUCCAAGAGUCGCCCGAGAACGACUUGCGAGAAGUUUCGGGGGUGAGAGAUCUGUACAGAAGGAGAAGCCCCGCCAACGACCUGCGCGACGUAUCCGGCGUCAGAGCGACGCUGCGGCGGCACUCUCCGAGGAACGAGCUCGACGAUGUGAGCGGAGUCGAGGAGCUGUUCAGCGAGCGGCUGGACGCGGACGCGGACGCAGACGCAGAGACCUCCUUCGACCUGCUGAUGGGCAAGCCGGCGGUGAGAGCGUACCCGAGGGCGAAAAGCUUAGCAACGAAGCUAAUCCAAAAACCGAAAUCGCGUAAGGCGCAAUCUUUGCUAAAUUCUUUCACUUUAAUAAACGAUAACGUGGAGGACUGGUUAGAGAACGAAUUGAAGAAGCGCACGCGCAAAGAAUCUCCGAGAGACGCGCCCGCCAGGGGAGAUACUUCCGCAGGGAACGCAAAUACGGGCGCGGGGCCGACGCCGAAGAGCGACUUGAACAAAUCUAAAAGCAAGUCGAACUUGUCGAGGGAACUGCUCAAGCUGGCCACGGACACGGUGGAGGGCGGGACUCCCGUGCUCGCGAGGCGCGCCAGGAGUACUACACAAGCUAAAACCUCUCUCGAACUGAAAAAGUCCGCAUCGGAAAUUUACGGAGCGCACAUGUUGCCUAUCAAGAAGAGAUCCGUGGUGGAGACGUCUCGCAGCCGGAGCAGCGGACACGGCAGCGGACACGGCAGCGGACACGGCAGCGGACACGGCAGCGGACACAAGAGCUCGCUGCCGAUCAAGAAGCGCGCGGUGCAGCACUCGACACCGGUGCGGCGCGCGCCCGCCAGACUCUCCGCACACCACGCCCUCGCCCUCGUCUCGCCCAUAGCGCCCAUAGCGCCCAUAGCGCCCAUAGCGCCCAUAGCGCCCAUAGCGCCCCAACAGGACAACCUCAGCGCUAACAUCACAUCGACAGAGAUUCCCAAUGAAAGGAUAAAACAUAAAACGUUACAAACCAGAAAAGCUAAUGUCAGUUCUGCCGCUGGUGAUAAUAAAAAUUUAGCCAUGUCUAAAAAGCUCUCUCCUAAACAACAGGAAAAGAUUACUAGUCCUAUGCAAAUGAGAAAUACAAGAAACCGUAAAACCAAUCACAACAUGGAACAGAAUAACGUGAAAAAACGAAGAACGUCUAUCGUAGUAACGAAGAAACCGCCCGGUCUGAGUCCGAAACCGGUCGCUAAUCAAAAUACGGAGCCGGAAGCUAGGACAAGUAGACGACGAAAACUAGAUCAAGUUGUUCAGGAAAAUUUGACCACAAAAGCUGCUGAGAAAACGAGAGGGAAGAGGAUUCGCGCGGUUAACGAAGCGAACUACGAUACAGUGAACGGGAACAAAGGACGUAAAGCUUCAAAUACAUCCAAAGUAAGUCCGCCAAAAACUAGAACAACACGUAAACGAAAAGCAUCCGCGGAGAAAAUAUUAACACCUAAGAAAAUUACCAGAAGUAAAGUCCUAAAACAUACUGUUGUUGUUACAAAACCGUCACCCAAUUUGAAAACUAGAACUGCGAAGCAAACUAAAGUAAAUGUAAGUAGUGAGAGGUCACCGGUUAAAAACUUACGAAGGACUCGAAAAAUAAACGCAAUUACAUCAGAGCCUCCUGUGGAGAUUGUGAACAAGCGCGGAAGAGGCAAGGUGGCUGCGCUUUCUGUCAAACAAAUAGAAAAUAAGAAAACGAAAGCUAAUGAUAAAUCGUACAAUGAGGACCUGGAUACAGAAAUCAAGCCAAGAAGAGGAAGGAAAACUAUUGCUCAGAAAAAUGUGCAAGAUGAAAGUAAACCUACUCUAGUACAAAAACGAGCGAUUCCAAAUACCGUGAAGUUAGUUGAAGUAAAGAAAAAGACUAGAGGCAAGGCGGCGGUGCCGCAAGAAACGAUCGAACCACCUAAAAGACGAGCUGCAAACAAGGGUAAUACAGAAAGUGUUAGCGUUAGAGGAAAAAAGAGGAAAACGGCUAACGAACAAUCCCCAUCUAAAGCAGUAGUGGCCAACAGCACAAAAGAUAGGAACGAGGAAUCCGUUAAGAGUGGCCGGCGCGUUGCUAAAGGAAGACAGGCGCAGACGCAGAAUGCCGCUGGAACCGUUGACAAGAGCCAAGCUACUGUCAAAAAAAGAGGCAGAACUACAAACAAAGGGAAAGAAGCUUCUCCAGAGAAAGCCGGAGAGGUCAAAGUAGCUCGUCGCAGAAACACUGCGCGACAAAACGUCAGUGGAGAGACAGCGGCGAACAACACCACUAACAGGAGGUCUAAAGCGGCCGCCAAACAGAAACUACUCACUACUGCUGCUAAAAAUGACAAGUCCCGCGUCACACAGAAAACUAAGGCAGCGGCAGAACCUCGCGCGUUGUCCGCACGCAAGAGGAAGUCCGACACAGACCCAGCACCAGCACCAGCUAAAGCGGGCCCGCCGGCGCCCAAGACACGACGUGCGGCCGCGGCUAGUGCUCGCAACACACGCAGCACACGCAGCGCACCUCCAGGUCAGUUACAGGACAAUAUUUGA